UCGAAUGAAACAGCUGUGGCACCUGUCAAUCACAGCUUUCUCUGUGUUAACUGGCUGGCCGCCUUGAAGGGGGCGUGGCUCCAGCCGCCGUUUCAUCUGCUGUUGAAAUUCCGACGCUUCCGACCCAACUUGUGUCCGCGCGCUAACGUCUCCGGUAACGGUCCGUGUUUCCCGCCUCCAUGUUCGCUCCUGCGCGUGUCCGCGCCGACAGCCGCAGCGCGCACAUCGCGGACCCGCAGAGCUAGCCCGCGAGCCUGCUUGGACCGGGCUGCGGCGGUUCGGAGCGGGCGGCCUGUUCCGCGCGGCGCCGGGCGGAUGCGGAGCCAUGAGCCCCGCAGGAUGCCCGCACGUCGGCGGCUGGAAGGCGGACGGCUGGCGGCAGAACCUGCGGCUCAUCUACCGGUGCUUCGUGUGGAGCGGUUCGGCUGAGACCAGAACCAGAAAGGCCAAGUCCUGCGUGUGUCACGCGUGCGGCGCCCACCUCAGCCGGCUGCACUCCUGCCUCAGCUGCGUCUUCUUCGCCUGCUUCGCCAAGAAACACAUCCACGAACACGCCCGGAGCAAGAGGCAUCACCUGGCUGUGGACCUGCUGUACGGGGGCAUCUACUGCUUCCUGUGCCAAGACUACGUCUACGACAAGGAGAUGGAGCAAAUCGCCAAAGAGGAGCAGAAGAAAGCCUGGAAGAUGCAAGGCGUCGGGGAGAAGUUCUCCUCCUGGGAGCCCAGCAAGAGGGAGGUGGAGCUGCUACGGCACAACCCCAAGAGGAGGAGGAUCACCACCAACUGCACCAUCGGCCUGCGGGGGCUGAUCAACCUGGGGAACACGUGUUUCAUGAACUGCAUCGUCCAGGCGCUGACGCACACGCCGCUGCUGCGCGACUUUUUCCUGUCCGACCGCCACAAGUGCGAGAUGGCGAGCAGCUCCUGCCUGGUGUGUGAGAUGUCGCAGCUCUUCCAGGAGUUCUACUCGGGCCGCCGCUCGCCUCAUGUCCCGUUCCGCCUGCUCCACCUGGUGUGGACCCACGCCCGCCACCUGGCCGGCUACGAGCAGCAGGACGCCCACGAGUUCCUGAUCGCCGCGCUGGACGUCCUGCACCGCCACUGCAGAGAUGAUGACGGGAAGAGAACCAGCAACCCCAACCACUGCACCUGCAUCAUCGACCAGAUCUUCACUGGGGGGCUGCAGUCUGACGUCACCUGCCAAGUCUGCCACGGCGUCUCAACAACCAUCGACCCGUUCUGGGACAUCAGUCUGGACCUGCCCGGUUCCUCCACGCCGUUCUGGCCCCUGAGCCCCGGGGGGGAGGUGUCUGUGCUGAACGGCGAGGGUCACGGUGGCGGCGCCACCACGCUCACAGACUGCCUGCGCAGGUUCACCCGGCCGGAGCACCUGGGCAGCAGCGCCAAGAUCAAGUGCAGCGGUUGCCAUAGUUACCAGGAAUCCACCAAGCAGCUGACCAUGAAGAAGCUGCCCGUAGUGGCGUGCUUUCACCUCAAACGGUUCGAGCACUCUGCCAAACUGCGGCGGAAGAUCAGCACAUACGUGUCCUUCCCUCUGGAGCUGGACAUGACGCCCUUCAUGGCCUCCAGCAAAGAGAAGCGGAUGAACGGCCAGCACCAGCAGAGCGCCGACGCCUUCUGCAGCGACAACAGGUACAGUCUGUUUGCUGUGGUCAACCACCAGGGGACGCUAGAGAGCGGACACUACACCACCUUCAUCCGCCAGCACAAGGACCAGUGGUUCAAGUGUGACGACGCCGUCAUUACCAAGGCCAGCCUGAAGGAGGUGCUGGACAGCGAAGGGUACCUCCUUUUCUACCACAAGCAGCUCCUGGAGUACGAGUAGGAGGAGACUUGCAGGAGACUUGCAGGAGACUUGCAGGAGACUUGCAGGAGACUUGCAGGAGACUCGGAGGAGACUCGGAGGAGACUCGGAGGAGACUCGGAGGAGACCCGGAGGAGACUCGGAGGAGACUCGGAGGAGACUCGGAGGAGACCCGGAGGAGACUCGGAGGAGACUCGGAGGAGACUCGGACCUCCAGCAGCUUCCAAGAGGACUCGGUUGAACUGUUUCCCCCAAACUCUGGACUCCAGCAAAGAUUUCAGCAAAUUUAUUUUUAUACAGCCGACUGAAAAGUUUGUUUACAGCCCCGCCCCCUGCUCAGAGCCCCGCCCCUCGUGUGGAUCAUUGAUGGUCAUUCUGUGAAACUGCUGCUACGCCUCUCUGUUCCUCACAGACAUCCCGGUCCGUCCGUCUGCGCAGACACGUGUGCAUUCCUGUACUGAAUCAGUACUCCAGCACCAGCCGGCCGUGGCUCCUCCCUCUGAGGCGGAGCACGCGGCGUCUCUCUGCAUGACUGUCAAUAAAGAAGUUCUGUCUGAA